CUCACGGACGGCGGAGGGAAGCGGCGCUGCCCAAUCAAGCGUUGCUGGGACGUGCGCGUGGGGUGCAGGGGGCGGGCCGGCGGUGUCGGGAUGGCGGCGGCGAUGGCGACCCAGGGGGAGCGGGCGGUGCUGGAAGAAGAAUUUAAAUGGCUUUUACAAGAAGAGGUCCAUGCUGUUUUGAGACAGCUGCAGGAUAUUUUGAAGGAGGCCUCCCACCGCUUUGCCUUGCCCACCAGUGUCUCAGGAGGAGCUGUCAAGCAAGAGAACUUUGUACUGAGCACAUCAGGCACAGACCAGGUGAAAGGUGUGAUGACGCUGCAGGGAGAUGCGCUGUGUCAAGCUGAUGUUAAUCUGAAAAUGCCCAGAAACAAUCAGCUCCUGCAUUUUGCAUUCCGGGAAGACAAGCAGUGGAAAUUGCAGCAGAUCCAGGAUGCUAGAAACCAUGUUAACCAAGCCAUUUACCUGCUUAUGAACAGAGAUGCAAACUACCAGUUCAAAACAGGCUUGGAGGUGCUCAAGCUUAUGGAUGCUGUGAUGUUGCAGCUCUCCAGAGCCCGAAAUCGACUGACCACUCCUGCCACUCUGACACUACCAGAAAUUGCCUCCAGUGGUCUCACAAAAAUGUUCACCCCUGUGCUGCCUCCAGACGUCCUUGUGAAUUUCUAUAUUAACCUGAACAAGCUGUGCCUCACUGUCUACCAGCUCCACGUGAUGCAGCCCAGCACAACCAAGAACUUCAAGCCUGCUGGAGGGUCUGUUUUGCACAACCCCGGGGCCAUGUUUGAGUUUGGCAGCCAGCGAUAUGAAGUCAGCCAUGUCCAUAAAGUGGAAUGUGUUGUCCCGUGGUUAAAUGAUGCCCUUGUCUUCUUCACAGUUUCACUGCAGCUUUGCCAGCAGCUGAAGGAUAAGAUCUCCGUUUUCUCCAGUUACUGGAACUACAGGCCGUAUUAAUUCUCUGUGGAAUGGUCUAAGCCUUUACAGUGUUUCAAGUGUCUCUCUCUGUUCUCUCAUGCCAGCUGAGUCCAGGACAGCCUGAGGAGUGCUGGGGUUCACUGCCAUAUGUCCUGCACAGGGCAGGGUCCGUGUACCCAGAGACACAGUUUUCGUAGCCUUGUCUGGGAUUGCUGCAGAAGCAGGGCACCAAGUAGUGCUGUGUGGCUGGCAGGAGCUUCCAUUGGUCCCUCUUGUGCAUUGUGGGGCUGACACUUCCCAAGCCCCUGAUAAGUUACACAGAUCUGUUAAAAGGGAUAGGUGCUCUGGACCACCCUCACUAACUAGAUCUGUGCAUUGUGCUGUAGCUAACUCCUUGACUGUGAAGUGGCUGGGAAGGGGGGAAAACAGAAACAGACUAACUUACACCUCUUCAAAGGUAGGGCAUGUGGCUCCCGGUAGUGAAAUAUAUCUCUCUUAUCUGGUCCAGCUGUCCUUAUAACUAACCCUGAGUAACUCCUUCCCUUGCCUGUUCUGCCCAUCCCCAUGUUACCGAUUCCCCUUUGGGGAUGCUCUUACUUGUUGCUGUUUGAAUUCUUUCCCCCCUCCUCCAGCAUCAAUGUGAUAAUUAUUUUUUUCCUAAGCCCUAGUUGGGCCAAUUGGAUUUUUCCAGAUUUAGUAUCUUGUUUUCACUACCAGCCUUUGGAGUUGCCCUAGUAUACCUUGUGCAGUCUUUCAUCUUGUCGUUAAAUGCAAAUUGAGUACCAUGUUGCUACUAUGAUUUGCUCCCUAUGUAUGCUACAAUGUGUAACUCAUACCUUUAGCCACUGCUAACUGUGAAAUAAACGCCCUCAUACCUGCAGUGCUCACGUGGGCUGUGAAAGAA